GUAAAGAGGAUCAGUCCUUUUUAUAUAUUCUUAUAAAACCCAGGGCCACAGUAUAGAUUCGCUCUCACCAGUCGCGUAGCCCUUUACUCCGGUGAAGUUCGUGCACAGACAAUAUGGCGGCCGCCGGCGGAGGAGCCUUGAAGGAUGUGAAAUCGAAGGCGGAACUUGAGUCUACUGUCGCCCAGGGUGCUCCGGUAGUUUUACACUUCUGGGCAUCGUGGUGCGAGGCAUCCAAGCACAUGGAUCAAGUGUUCUCCCACCUCUCCAUCGAUUUCCCUCUCGCCCGCUUCUUGAGGGUAGAGGCUGAAGAACAACCUGAAAUUUCUGAGGCGUACUCGGUUUCUGCUGUGCCUUUCUUUGUGCUCUUUAAGGAUGGCAAAGCAGUUGAUACACUGGAAGGAGCUGAUCCCUCCAGUUUGGCCAACAAGGUUGCUAAAGUUGCAGGAUCAAUCGGUACGAAGGAGCCUGCAGCUCCGGCUAGCCUUGGGAUGGCUGCUGGGCCCACCGUCCUUGAAACAGUGAAGGAGCUUGCCAAAGAGAAUGGUGCAUCACCAAGUCCUAUUCAAUUGCCUUCUGGUAUAGGUGAUGAGCUGAAGAAGAGACUUCAGCAGCUUGUUAAUUCUCAUCCGAUCAUGCUCUUCAUGAAAGGCAACCCUGAGUCCCCGAAGUGUGGUUUUAGUCAAAAAGUAGUUGAUAUCUUGAAGAAAGAAAAGGUCAAAUUUGGAAGCUUUGAUAUCUUAACAGAUAAUGAAGUACGUGAGGGAUUGAAGAAGUUUGCUAACUGGCCAACAUUUCCUCAGCUUUACUGUAAGGGAGAACUGCUUGGUGGUUGUGACAUUGCGAUAGCUAUGCAUGAAAGUGGAGAACUUCGGGAGAUCUUUAGAGAUCAUGGAAUCAAUGUAUUUGAUCCAAAUGAGGGGAAACUCAUUGAACCUGAUGGUGGGAAGGGUGGCAUUGUUGAUGCAUCGGGCUUGAGUACAGCUCUUAAUGAUCGCCUUCGGAACCUAAUUAAUUCAAGCCCAGUCAUGUUGUUCAUGAAGGGGAGACCUGAUGAACCGCGUUGUGGUUUCAGCCGCAAGGUUGUUGAUAUCCUAAGACAGGAGAAAGUUACAUUUGAGAGUUUCGACAUUCUUACAGAUGAUGAAGUUCGUCAAGGUCUAAAAGUGUAUUCAAAUUGGUCAAGUUAUCCUCAGCUAUAUAUAGAGGGGGAGCUUAUUGGUGGAUCAGAUAUAGUAUUGGAGAUGCAAAAGAGUGGAGAGCUUAAUAAGUUGUUAGUGGAGAAAGGGAUCUCUUUUGGUGAGACUCUUAAGGAUCGCUUGAAGCGGUUGAUAAAUUCUUCAGCGAUAAUGCUUUUUAUGAAAGGUACACCAGAUGCUCCAAGAUGUGGUUUCAGCUCAAAGGUAGUAAAUGCCCUGAAGAAGGAUGGUCUGGAAUUUGGUUCUUUUGAUAUUCUGACAGAUGAGGAGGUGAGGCAAGGAUUGAAGACAUUCUCGAAUUGGCCAACUUUUCCUCAGUUAUAUUAUAAAGGAGAGUUGAUUGGAGGCUGUGAUAUUGUGCUGGAACUGCAUAACAAUGGGGAAUUGAAGGUUACCUUGUCUGAGUAAAUGAACUAAAUAGCGAGCAAAAAUAUUUGCCGCAUGAACCAUGCAUGUAGUCCCUCUUGGUGUCCUUUUGGUUUUCAUGAUGUUAAGGAAUAGGAACAUUUUUAAUUUACCGAGUGCAUGAAAGUGUUAGCAGAAUUUUGUGAAGCUAUAACUGCUGUUUGUUCCUUAUGGUAUUAACUUCUCAUGUGAUAUAUCCUGGACCUUGUGGGGUUGCUUGAUAUAAAUUGUUAACCUGCUGAAGGCUCCUACGACCUUACUUUAGGAGCAAUA